GCCUCCCGCCCCAUUUCGGAUGCCUCUGUCUUGCCUCUUUCCCGGGCUCCUCUGCUCUCAGCUGUGGCGCCAGUAUCGGUGGCCCACUGGCUAGACGCUGCACCUGGACCUCUCUUUGGUCACUCUUUCCCUAUCUUCCAACAUCCCCGGUGCUCACCUAGCCCUUCCUGUGGGCGCCCACUGUUCUUACCCCAACUUCUUUUCGCACCGGUGUCCGGCGUCCGCCUGUGGGACAUGGAACCGGAGGAAAGGAGAAGGGUCUCAGGGAACCUGGGUUCCAGCCAACAGACGGCAAAGGAAACGCCGGGGUCCCCAACCUGCAAUGACAGCUGCAGCGAUCCUGGACACCCAGGGGUCAAGGAGGGGAUGCUGAUGGGAGAGCUGGAGGCACUGGUCCAGGAGAUGGUGAAGACGAGUAGUUGGUGGGAGCGGCGCGGCCUGGAUUGGUUCAUCCUUGCUCUUAACUUCCUCGCUCUACCUUUAGGAUUCCUGUGUCUUCGAUCCCAGAGUACCCUGAUCUUUGCCCUAGGGAUCAUCAUCCUAGGGGUGGUACAUCACACAUUCACAGUCAAGGGUAGCCACCUGGCUAGCCAUGGUGCCCUCAGCAACUCUAAACACUGGAGCAGAUUUUGGGUGCUUUUCUUUGUGGAAGUGUGCACUUCGUUCACAGCUGAACAGGCCACACAUGGCCAUGUGAAGUUACAUCAUGGUUACACCAAUGUGGUGGGCUUGGGGGACUCGAGUACGUGGAAGGUGCCUAUCCUGAAUCGAUAUGUCUACAUGUUCUUUGCUCCAUUGAUGUUACCCAUCAUCACCCCUCUGGUGGCACUUGGGCUGCUGAGGAAGGAGGAGCCUAGGAUAGUUCUUCGGACCUUGUGCCUCAUGUCCCUGGGGCUAUUCUCUCACUACUGGCUGCUGAUCAAAGUCUCUGGCUUCCAGUCUCCUGGGUUUGCUCUUCUCUGCAUGCUUAUCACCCGGGGCCUGCUGGCUCACCCCUACAUCCAUGUCAACAUCUUCCAGCACAUCGGGCUGCCCAUGUUCUCCUUGGAUAAGAAGCCCCGGAGGAUCCACAUGAUGAGCCUUGGGGUGCUCAAUCUGCCCCGAAACCCCAUCCUGGACUGGACAUUUGGCCAUUCUCUCAUCAGCUGCCACGUGGAACAUCACCUCUUCCCCCGGCUCUCUGACAACAUGUGUUUAAAGGUGAAGCCAGUGGUGUCUCAGUUCCUUCAAAGGAACCAUCUGCCAUACAAUGAGGACUCCUACCUGUCAAGACUUUCACUUUUCUUGAGCAGAUAUGAGGAGCUCAUGGUGCAUGCCCCUCCCAUCACUGACCUCGUGGGGCUCCAGUGAGGAUUUUCCCUCACUGACAAGUCUCCCCAGCCCCCUUGCCCUCCCCAGGGUUCUGGCUCAAGAUCACCCUAGAACCUAAGCCUGCCUCUCUCUGCUCCCUGGAGCUCUGAGUAGAUUGGGGGGCUUCUCUUGGAUGGGUACUCUGCUUUUUCACCCUUCCAUCUUGGGGUGGGAGGGAUGGGUAUUGGGAAGGGAACACAACCAGCACUGUACCUCCCCCAGAGGGCAAGUGGGUAUAUGCCCUGGAGGCCUAUGGAACAUUUCAAUCUGUUUGCAUUUUCCUGAGUUGGACAAAGAGUGGGCAGCAAGGGUGGUGGCCUAUCCUCCUUUGGGGAUGGUGUAUUCCUCUCCAUGAUCCUUUAGACCAUCUUCAUCUUAGGACAAAUCAGCCUGAUUCCAUGUCCCCUCUCCUCUGUCUUCCCUUCUGACUCCGAACGUGAAGUGUCAGUGAGGGCAGGAGGCUUUGCUGAGACAUCUGGUAAGAAAAGAGAACAAAGGAAGGUUGGGGCCUUGGUUCCCAAGAAACCCUUCAAAUAGUAGUCACUGAGUUCCUCUUCAAUUCUGCUGUAAUUACUAAUACACUGUGGAAACCCCAGCUCAGGCAAGCCAGAAUCAGCCCAAAAUAUUGGCUUAGCAUUUCCUGUGGCUCAGGGUACCUCUCUAGGAUGUGGGUAGGAUUUGAAGGUAAAGGGGAAUCAGAUUAAGCACUUCUCUCAAGGUGGAAAAUAGGGAUAGGACCUUAUAGACAUCUGUGAAUAAUCUUGGUGAUCACUAGAAAAAAAAAUCUAGCUUUGAAUUGGGACUUAGGAAAAAAGGUUAGGAGGAUGUAAUCUACUGGAGAGAGGAAGCUAAUGGGAAAGGGAAUAGUGGGGUAGAGGGAAAUAGUGGGGUUGGAAGCAAGAUAGGAAAAAGGUUUGGAAUGAGAGUUGGGCAGGUAGGAAACAGAGAGGAAGAAGAGGAAAAAGGGAUAGGACAGCUAGUUAAUGGGGGGAAGGAAACCUUGAAGGCAAGGUCACAGGUCAAGGGCAGUGACAACAUGGAUCAGUGAUACUUUAGCUUGAAGUCUGUAAGUAUAAUGAUGGGAAUGGGGCAGGAAGAGGGAGGGGAGGGGAGUAGGUGACUAGAAGAGAGGCCAAGGGUCUAGUGAGCUAUAGGACAUCUACAAGGUUUAGACUGGAGAGGUCUGGACUGGCUGCAAGGUUGGGAGUAUCUGGUUUGGUUACAUGGCCAUACACCAAGUAAAACGGUUAGCUCUUAGAGCUGGGAAGUUGGCUUGAAAAGUACGCUAGGAUUUGUUCUAGGAUUUUAAUUGAAAUGAUUUUAAAAUAAGACAUAGAACAGAGCUGGGGAUUCUAAUUCAGAUGGGGGAUGGGGAAUGGGUGCUAAGUUUUGGGGGAAAAACUCAGAAAUUCAGCCUCAGGUUUAAGGAAAUUCUCUCAGUCUUGGAAGAGGAGAAUAUCAUUCUCCAGGGUUAUUUGCUUGGCAUCUUUGAUUUCAGAAAUUAUCUAUAAGAGCAAGACUCUACUCCUCUCUCUUAUGGAGGUGGGGAAGGGGGCUGGGGCAGCCCUUUCAGUCAAACGGGUGAUGGGAGUGUGCAGCUGUGAUGUGGCAGUAUUAUUAUUGAGCCGGUAAGGUGGUAUGACAGAGUGACGGCCUUGGAGGAGGAGAAGGGAAGUUGGAAUCAUGCCUCAGACACUAGCAAUGUGACCCUAGACAAGACGGUUACUCCACUGGCAAAAUGGAGACAAUAAUAACAACCUCCCUGACAGGGGUGUUGUGAACAUCAAGUGGAAUAACAUUUGCAAAGCACUUUCCAAAUCUUAAAGCACUACAUACAUGUUAACAAUUACUAUCAGACUCAGGGUUUGUAGAUGCAUCAACAGCUUUGUGUACUGGGAGGCAAGUUAAUUAAAUAGCUAAUCCUCCAAAUAAAUAAUGGACAGGUCUCAGAAAAGGUCUGUUAGAUGGUCCUGGCUAAUGAUUAAAACCACCCCAAGAUGUGACCGA